AUGUGUAACGGCACGAGUCACACUAUGGUUAUCUCUGGUAGUCUGCACAUCGCGUUACGAGAGCUCCGUCGAAACAAUACCAGCAGAGUGAUAUGGGCCGAUGCCAUCUGUAUCAACCAGGAGGACGCCAAAGAGAGAGGCCAGCAGGUAGCGCUGAUGGGACAGAUAUUCAGUGGCGCCUGGCAGGUGGUUGUAUGGCUUGGUGAGGAGAGUGACCGCUGUAUGUGUGGAAAGACGAUCCUUGAGACAUCUCUUUCUUCGGUCUCAAAAGCCUUUUCAGGAAUAUGCUCAGUCGUCAACGAUUGGCUCGCUCAGGCCGGUCAAGAGACCCUCGAAGCAAGUUACUCGGAGAUUUCAAAAGAUGGCCAAUCUACCAUGCAUCUCGCCAACACCGACGAUGGUGAAGACAGCCGCUCUGCCAUGAUGCAGCUUUUCAGACGGCGUUGGUUCUCUCGUAUUUGGGUCUUGCAAGAAGCUGUCCUAGCCAGGCAUGCACUUGUUCAAGUCGGCUUGUACCAGAUCUCGUGGGAGUGGGUUGGGCUCGCAGCAGCUAUAGUGGUUCAUAAGCCGGAGUUGUCACCCAGUGGCUAUGGGCGAGACAUGAUCCCUACCGGAGCGAUGAACAGUUACCUCAUGUAUCGACUAUCGAUUUCACAGAAAUGUUUCACGCGACUAGAAUUCUCGUUCGCACAAUUACUCCAAGUUUCUCGACAUUUCCAGAGCAAAGAGCCUAAGGACAAGAUCUAUGGGCUUUUGGGUAUCGAAACAACAGACUCUGUUGGCAAACAGAUCGUCCCAGACUACCGGGAGGUAACUACUUCAGAGAAGGUCUUCGAGGAUAUUGCAAGACUCAUGCUUGAGUCGGCGUCCCCAUUGACGCUUCUUUCGGGAGCUGGGACAUUUGGAGACUUUGAUAGCUCAGGGCCAUCGUGGGUGCCAAGCUGGCAUAAGCGCCGGCCAUGGACAAUAUUACCGACCAAGCAAAGUCCAGCCUUCCAAUGCGCAUCUGCUGCUCGAAUGGAACUGAAUCCCGACGAUAAGGCAGGGGAGCUGGUCCUCAAAGGCGUGAUCAUCGAUCACAUCUCCUCUACGCAAGAACAUCGUGAUUAUUGGGGCAUCUUUGAUCAAAACGACAAAAGUCGCGAGAAUCUUCUGAGUCAACCAAGAUGGAGCAAAGAAGCGUGGGGAAAAUGUGCCCUGACUUUAACAUGUGGCGGCGAGGGGAGGGCAUAUCCCGUUGAUGACGAGGCUGUGCAUCUUGCUGAUCUGGCUGCUCUGUUACUUUCAAGAAGUGCCCACUGGAUCGUCAGAGAUCUUAUCGCACUGCGAGAUGUUAUCGAGCCAGAAGGCGAUGAUAUGACACAAUCCGAGUAUCUCAAUACGAUCGUUGAAGGCGGGAACUCUCGUCGAUAUAUCAGCGCCGUGGAACCUGUUCGCGAUCCUUAUAGGUUGUUUAAGACGGCGUCGAAAGACUUUGGGGUUGGGCCCGUUGAUAUGAAGAUUGGCGAUAAGCUUUGUGUAUUGUUUGGUGCGGAAGUUCCGUUUGUGUUGAGGCCGAACGGGGAUGGAUACGAGGUGAUUGGGGAGUGCUAUGUCUAUGAUUUGAUGCAUGGCGAGGUUCUCGAGAAACUAGCUGCUAAUCCUGGUGGGCAGUUAGAGCCCGAAUGGAUCAAACUCAUCUAG